AUUAGCACCAAAUGACUCAUUCUUUCACCGCUGAUUGACAGAAUUGUCAAAAACUGUCGUUUCCAAAAUGACGUCGUGUUGUUUUUGUCUUUCUAUUCGAACAGGCUGUUUCAUCGGAUCCGCAUUUUAUUUUAUUAUUGCGUUCAUAAAAUUGGUUCUACUGAUAGUUUUGCGGGUGUCAAAAGGACCUGAAACUGUAAUAGUUACGAAUGUUCUCUUACUGACUUUAGCAGGAGUUACGCUCCUCAUUGGAACCAUUCAGGAAGACCGUGUUUGCAUUAUAACAUUCCUCUGUUUCAACAUCUGUGCAAUGGUGACCCAAGACUUGGGUCUUUUGAUCCUCUAUCUCACCACUCGUGUAAAAAUCAAGUUAUGGAUUUUGGUGGUUAUGGUGAUUGAACAAAUCCCUUUCAUUUACAUGAUAGCGAUCGGAAUAGUGCAAUAUCGGCUUGUUAAAGAGAAGCACUUGCACGUUGUAGCCGACUAUUACCGGCCAAGAACCAGAGGGCAGGAGCCCCACGAGGCGGCCCCCCAUGCCCACGUCCCGGCCCUAGCAUUCUAACAAUUUUCAUUAAACUCUAGUUUGGAAAA